UACAAAAACUUACCCUGUUCUUAGAAAUAUUUCAAAAUCCACAAAAAAAAUUGCAUUAAAUUUCUGAAAAAUUGUGGUACUGACCAAGAUAUAGAAUAUUUUGCCACACAAAAUAUUUGGAUGAAACAAAUAUGUUUAGGUUGUUUCACGUAAAAUUUAGGGGUAAGUUACAUCCACCAAACCCUCUACAGUUACAACUCUUAGAAACCUCUCUUCAGUUCCAUUCCAUUCCAUCAUACCGUUGUGACCCUCUUCUUUCCACUCUACUCCUUGCUCUGAAAUCUUCAUCUUCUGUCUCCUGCUGCAGGGUCAUUCAUGCCCGAGUGAUCAAAUCACAGGAUUACAGAGAUGGGUUCAUUGGUGAUCAAUUGGUUUCAUGCUACCUUAACAUGGGGUCCACCCGAGAUGCACAGAACCUGUUUGAUGAAAUGCCCCACAAGGAUUCGGUCUCUUGGAACUCUUUGGUUUCCGGGUUUUCGAAAAGAGGAGACCUUGGUAAUUGCCUGAGUGUGUUUUCUAGAAUGAGAUCUGAAAUGACAUUGGAAUUGAAUGAGCUUACACUUAUAUCUGUUAUCUCGGCUUGUGCUUUUGCGAAAGCCCGAGAUGAGGGUUGGUAUCUUCAUUGUUGUGUAGUGAAAUUGGGUAUGGAGUUGGAGGUGAAGGUUGCUAAUGCUCUUAUUAACCUGUAUGGAAAGUUUGGCUGUGUUGGCUCUGCUUUCAAGCUGUUUUGGGCAAUGCCGGAGCAGAAUACGGUGUCAUGGAAUUCAAUGGUGGCUGUUUGGACACAAAAUGGAUUCCCUAAUGAAGCUGUUAAUUAUUUUAAUAUGAUGAGGGUGAUUGGACUUUUUCCUGAUGAAGCCACGAUGGUGAGCUUGCUUCAAGCCUGUGAAAAUUUGCCUUUGGGAAGAUUGGUAGAGGCCAUGCAUGGUGUGAUCUUCACCUGUGGUCUUAAUGAAAAUAUAACGAUCGCGACCACCCUUUUGAACUUGUAUUCAAAGUUAGGGAGAUUGAGUGCUUCUCACAAGGUUUUUGCAGAUAUAAGCAAGCCUGAUAAAGUGGCAUUGACUUCAAUGCUUGCAGGGUAUGCCAUGCAUGGGCAUGGGAAAGAAGCAAUAGAGUUUUUUGAAAGGACUGUUAGGGAAGGUUUGGAGCCUGAUCAUGUUACCUUUACUCAUUUGUUAAGUGCUUGUAGCCAUUCAGGGCUUGUCAAGGAAGGAAAGUACUACUUUCAAAUCAUGUCUGAUGUCUACAAAGUUCAGCCCCAGUUGGAUCACUAUUCAUGUAUGGUUGAUCUUCUUGGCCGCUGCGGUCUACUCAAUGAUGCUCAUCAGCUGAUAAAGAACAUGCCAUUAGAGCCAAAUUCUGGAGUUUGGGGUGCCCUUCUUGGUGCUUGUAGGGUUUAUGGUAACAUCAAUCUUGGGAAGGAAGCUGCAGAGAAUUUGAUUGCAUUAAAUCCUUCAGACCCUAGAAACUAUAUCAUGCUUUCCAACAUAUAUUCUGCUGCAGGUCUGUGGAGUGAUGCAUCAAAAGUGAGGUCUUUAAUGAAGACUAAAGUUCUUACGAGAAAUGCCGGAUGCAGUUUUAUUGAGCACGGGAAUAAAAUCCACCGUUUUGUGGUAGAUGAUUAUUCUCACCCUGAUUCAGAAAAAAUACACAAGAAGCUGGAAGAGCUUAUGAGAAAAAUUCAAGAGGUUGGCUUUGUGUCUGAAACUGAAUCUAUUCUCCAUGAUGUUGACGAAGAUGUGAAAACAGAUAUGAUUAACAAGCAUAGUGAGAAGAUAGCACUUGCAUAUGGACUUUUGGUUAGUAGUACUGAUAUGCCAUUAGUUAUAAUAAAAAAUCUCAGAAUAUGCCGGGAUUGCCACAACACUGCAAAAUUUGUUUCACUGAUAGAAAAGCGUACUAUCAUAAUCCGAGAUUCAAAGCGAUUUCACCACUUUUCAGAUGGAUUAUGCUCUUGUGGUGAUUAUUGGUAGUGACCUUUGAAAGAGAUUGGCAUUGCAGGAAUGAUAUUGUCAUUGUUCGUAACUCAUAAGAACCGAUAUGGCCCAGAAGACAUGAUAUAUUGAUUCUAGCAGCGUGGUGAAGAAUUGAUGUAUGCAUGGAGCCACAUUUAUAUGCAGGUCCAAAUAAAAUGCGAAGACCCUUUCUGCUAUUUUAGCCCACUGGACCUGACUUGUUACAGCUUGGAGAACAAUAACUUUUUGAAUACUCCGGAUAAGGGCUUUCUGCUGGUGCAAGAAUGUCAGUGCAGCAGUUGAACCACAAGCAGAAAGUUUAUACUGACUGCAAUCAUCUUCAGUUUAGAACUCUAGAGGGCCAACAAACAGAAUAUCCAUGUUAAAAAUAUUACACUGAUGAAAAUUGGCUGUGGUUACUUAACGGUUUGUAUCUAAAAGAUGGAACGGACUCUGAGCUCUGGCCUAAUGAGGGUACAAGUAUGAAAUUUGAUUUUAAAUACUGCUCUUUUUGGCUCUUUAGUCCAAACCAUUCUCCUUCUUUAUCAAUUUUUUCAUUUGUAUGAAAUAGUAAAACCUGAAAAUAGUACAAGAGUUUUCAU